AUGUCCCAGGGCCGGGUGGACCUUCCGACAGAACAGAGCGGGGGCUGCUUUACUGGGCGACGCCUCCCAAAGAGCAGUGUCGACACCCUGAGUCACCCGGGAGCCAGGACUGUGGGCGUCCCCGGGACCAAGGGAGAAUUCCACAGGCUGGCUGACGCCAAGAUUUUUUUGAGUGACUGCCUGGCGUGCGACAGCUGUGUGACUGCGGAGGAGGGGGUCCAGCUCUCCCAGCAGAACGCUGCAGACUUCCUGCGGGUGGUGAACCUUAACAAGAGGUGUGACGUGUCGAAGCACAAGGUGCUGGCGGUGUCCGUGUGCCCUCAGUCUUUGCCUUUCUUUGCUGCCAAGUUCAACCUCAGUGUACAGGACGCGUCCAGAAGGCUCUGCGGCUUCCUCAAAAGCCUCGGGGUGCACUACGUGUUCGACACGGCCAUAGCUGCGGACUUGAGCAUCCUGGAGAGCCAGAAGGAGUUUGUGCGCCGGUACCAGCAGCACAGCCAGGACGGGUGUGCCCUGCCCAUGCUGACCUCCGCCUGUCCCGGCUGGGUCCGGUACGCCGAGCGGGUGCUGGGCCGCCCCGUCACACCUCACCUCUGCACUGCCAAGUCUCCCCAGCAGGUCAUGGGUUCCCUGGUGAAGGACUACUUUGCCAGACAGAAGAACCUGUCUCCAGACAAGAUUUUCCACGUCAUCGUGGCCCCCUGCUAUGACAAGAAGCUGGAGGCGCUGCAGGAAGUUCCUCCUGCCGCCAUGCCUGGUUGCCGCGGUGUGGACUGUGUGUUAACGUCAGGCGAGGUUGCGCAGAUAAUGGAGCAGAGUGACCUCUCCGUGACGGAUGCCGCCGUGGACACUCUGUUUGGGGACUGUGAGGAGGAGGCCAUGAGGGGCCAUGAUGGAGCCGGCUCCGACGGGUACCUGGCACACGUCUUCAGACAUGCAGCCAAGGAGCUGUUUGGUGAACGCGUGGAGGAGGUGACCUACCGCGCCCUCAGAAACCGGGACUUCCGAGAGGUCACACUGGAGAGGAACGGGCAGGUGCUGCUGCGCUUCGCGGCCGCCUACGGCUUCAGGAACAUCCAGAACAUGGUGCUGAAGCUCCGGAAGGGCCGGCUGCCCUACCACUUUGUGGAGGUGUUGGCGUGUCCCCGAGGGUGCUUGAACGGCCGAGGCCAAGCCCACAGUGAGGAUGGCCAGGCGGACAAGGCCCUGCUGCAGCAGAUGGAAGGUAUCUCCUCGGGCCUCCCGGUGCGCCCCCCGGAAGCCAGCAGGCCUAUGCAGGCACUGUACCGGGAGUGGCUAGAUGGGAGCGACUCCCCAAAGGCGCAGCAGACACUGCACACCACCUUCCUGGGCCCCGGCGGCCGCACGGACGGCCUGGACAUCAAGUGGUGAAGAGGCCGCAGUACGGGCUGCUUGGACCACCCGCAGGGCCCUGGUUCCUAGUCCUGCUCCCGCUGCGUGUGGGCGUGCCCCGGGGCACACACGGUGCCAUCCGCAGAAAUGCGUGGAGAGAAGGACCUCCCCAGCCUGGCACCCUUGGACUCUACUCCGUGGCAGA